AUGAAUGAGACAGGGGUGACCACUGUCCAAAAAUCUUGUAAGAUUUUAGCUCAAAAAGGAAUUAAACAAGUAGGAGCAGUAACCUCAGCAGAACGUGGGAGACUAGUAACUAUUGCUGUUGCGAUUAAUGCUCAAGGAGGACACAUACCUCCUUUUUUUGUAUACCCGUUGAAACGAUACCAAGACCACUUGAUACGUGAAGGUCCUGUUGGUUUUGCUAGAGCUGGCAAUGUUAGUGGAUGGAUGCAGGAAGCAGAAUUUUUACUGUUUCUAGAACACUUCAAAAAACAAGUAAAGCCAACAGUUGAUCAAAAAUGCUUGUUACUGCUCGACAACCAUGCAUCGCAUAUAUCUAUUUCAGCUCUAGAUUUUUGUAAAGAAAACGGAAUAGUACUGCUGUCAUUUCCACCACAUUGUACGCACAAGCUUCAGCCUUUAGAUAGAGCAGUAUUUGGACCAUUCAAAAAAAUGAUAAACACCGCUACAGACAACUGGAUGCGGAAUCAUCCUGGUCGAACAAUGACUAUUCAUUACAUUCCUGGUAUUGUUAGAGAAGCUUUUCCUCUUUCUGUAACUGAUUGA